AUGUCGGUCUUGACAGACACUGGCCAUCACAAUUGCCGCGACUACUACCUCCCACUUCCCCGUCCAGCAACAACUCACACCAUCCCACCAGCCUUGUCCAUGACCCAGACAGCAGCCCAAACCCUUCGUCUACAUGCGACACAGAAGUCGCCACUAAAUCAACGACCGAACAAAGUCACAUUCCCCUUCCUCCGUCUGCCUUGCGAGCUGCGUCGAAAGAUAUACUCAUACUUGCUACCUUAUACCGAGACAAAAUCCUCCUCAGGAAGUCUUAUCCCGACUCCGAAGACCAGUGGCAAUGCAGCGAGCACAGCACAUAAGAUUCAUUUGGCCAGUCUUCCAUCAGCCAAAUAUACAGCAAACACCACACUCUGGCAUCGGGGCCAAACCUCUUUGCUAGCAGUGAACAAGCAACUCCAUACCGAAUGCGCAGAGCUUCUCUACGGAGAAAACAACUUUGUGCUUUGGCUUUCCUACGACGUGAUACAAUUUCGCUUUCGAUGGGUUCUAGCUUCUGGAUUGGCGCCGUCUUGUGCAUACGACUUUUUGACUCUGUUGGGUAGCACGCCAUAUUUGGGACUGAUCAGGAGAGUUGUGCUUACAGUGGAUGUUGUGGAUGAGUAUACUGGCAUGAUCAAAUUCAAUGUUGGCGGUAGUGGAUUGGUAUAUGGGUUAAAGUUACAAGUCAAGAAACUGGUCCGAGCGCUGAGGGAGGCGGAUGGCGAGGCUAUCAGAAAAUUGACAGUCAGACUGCAGAACGGAUCCGAUGGCGUGGCGGACGGAGAGAAGAAGAUAAUCUCCAGAAGCAGAGACAACGCCAUCAGAAAUCUUGAAGAUGUACAAGGCGUGCUGGCACCGCUGAGGGAGUUGAAGGGCGUGAGGGAAGUCACCAUGUGUGGCGCUAUCACCGAUGCCUACAAGGAAGAUCUGAAAAAGAGUAUCAUGGCAACACCUUGA